AACAUCUGGGAGAGCUCUAAAACUGCAUUCUAAAAAAUCAUUCAUCAUCAUCGUCAUCAACAUUAAAACUCUCAGAUUAUUUUUCCUUUAAACUUAGUUUAAUAAUGUCUGGAAGAGGGAAAGUGAAACAGGAGCCAAUGAAAGUUGUGUUCAUUAACACACAGUACGUUGAGACGGAUGCACGUAGCUUCAAGAAUGUUGUUCAAGAACUCACCGGUAAGGAUGCUAUCGUGGCCGCCGGUCCUUACGAGUCUCCCUCCGCUUACGCUUACGAUGGAGGUAAUAAAAGUGGCCAUGAUACUAGACGGCUUUAUGGUGGCGGUGGAAGAGGAGGCGUGGAGACGACGACGGAGUUUGAUAGAUUUUUCAAGGAGAUGCCUGCUAUGGAAGAGUUCUAUAAGCUAUGGUCAGAAAAUUGAGUCAUUAAAUUGCAUUUAUGUUAUUGGUUGAACAUUUUCAUGUUUUUUGUUGACAUCGAUUUAAUAUUUUUCUCCUUAAAAAAAAUCAAAUCUCGCUUUCAUUUGCUGAGAUAAUGUUGUGAUUAGUUGAUUAAUCAUCUCCUUAAGUAGAUCGUCAUUCUGAGAUUAGGUCAAAUUACGAAGAUUAUAUUUUGACAAACUCAAUAAUAUAAAUUGCAUUAUAGCACGGCCCAUUUCUUGAACGUUCUCAAGACCUACUUAUGUUUUUUGAUGGCCCAUAAAGUCCAAAGAGUGUGUUGAUGUUCUUUAAUGG